CCCCUCGUCGCCGAAAGGUUCCACCAGUCGCUACCCUGGCAGAGGAAGUAGGAAGUGACGUUCGGCUCCCUGAGCUAAAGACGCAACAUCCGGAAACAGUUCAAGUGACAGGAACGGAGUCUGAGUGUUGGUAGGCCCCAGAGGGGUUUGAGAUGGAGUCUGAAGAUGCCACUCCUGAAAAACUAGUUGAGGGCUUGAAACUCGCAGAGGACCAAAGCUAUCCUUCACAAACUAAGUUUGAUAAUGUGCAUACCCCUAGAGUCAGUGAAAGAGAUAUUCCACCAGUUGACUUGGAAGCCAGAGGCGAUAAUGACCUCUUUCAUGACUGUAAUGACUCCUUUAAAUCAGAAGUGACAGAGGAGAAUCAUAACUGUGAGGUAGAUUCUUCGGAGAAUCAAACAGAUAUAGAUGAAAAAUACCUGUUAGAACUGGAAAAGGAUAUGUCAGAGGAAGAAAAACAGAAAAGAAGAAAUGAGAGCAUAACACUAAAAGAAGAAGGAAAUGUGCAGUUUAAGAACAAAGAAUACGAAGAAGCUGAAGACUCCUACGCAAAAGCCCUGAAGGUCUGCCCAGCCUGCUACAGCACAGAUAGAUCUGUUUUGUAUUCAAACAGAGCUGCGGCCAGAAUGAAACAGGAUAAGAAAGAAGCUGCCAUAGGUGACUGCAGCAAAGCCCUUGAAUUGAAUCCAGACUACAUCAAGGCACUAUUAAGGAGAGCAGAACUGUAUGAAAAAACAGAAAAAUUAGACGAAGCCUUAGAGGAUUACAAAAAUCUAUUGGAAAAGGAUCCCUCAAUACAUCCAGCAAGAGAAGCUUGUCUGCGAUUGCCAAGGCAAAUAGAAGAACGAAAUGAAAAACUUAAGAAAGAGAUGUUGGGGAAGCUGAAAGACCUCGGGAAUUUUGUCCUCCGCCCAUUUGGCUUGUCAACAGAUAACUUCCAGGUGAAGCAGGAUUCGGCGACCGGCUCAUACUCUGUCAACUUUGUCCAAAACAACAACCGAUAACAUAAGCCCAACUUUGAAGCCUGGUGAUGGAAGGCAUGUUUCCAGUGAAUGCAAAACGGAUUGAGUAGCCUCUUAAUUCACAACAUCUUUAUCCAGAUAUAAAUAUUUGAACUUCUUGCUAUGCAUUUUUUUCUUCUUCUGUGGGGUACUUUAGCAGGCUUAGGCAACUGUGGGAGGUAGUCUGAUCCAAAGGGAUCUGACCUUGUGCACUUUAUUUCGGGCUCACUGUUGUUCUCAGUGAGGAAAUAAGGAAAACUUGGUAUUGCUCAAUGGAAGAACCCCAGUGGUUCCAUACCUGCUAACAAAGUGCUGCUGUUUCAUGUUUUGUGAAGUUUUCAGACCUUAGUCAUGAUUGAUGUGAGAGCUGAUGUUUUUAUCUUCAAGUGGAAUAAAACACUGAUAAAACUCCA